GAGUAUUGCUCUGUUGCCCAGGCUGGAAGAUCUGAGCUCACUGCAACCUCUGCCCACCGGGUUCAAGCAACUCUGGUGCCUCAGCCUCCCAAGUAGGUGGGACUAAGCAAUUCUGGUGCCUCAGUCUCCCGAGUAGGUGGGACUACAGGCAUGCCCCCACCAACGCCCAGCUAAUUUUUCUAGUUUUUAGUAGAAAUGGGGUUUCACCAUGUUGGCCAGACUGGUCUCAAACUCCUGGCCUCAAGCGAUCCGCCGCCUCAGCCUCCCAAAGUGCUGGGAUUACAGGCAUGAGCCACCACGCCCAGCCUAAAGGAGUCUGUUAAGACUCUUGUUCUCAUUAUACUUCCAGGCAUAGGGUAGGACUAUUCCAAAAUAAUUGGCUAUAGUCACGAAUACCCUCCCACUAUCUCUGUUGCACAGAACAACAAGAUGGAUAUUCCUGGUUUUGUUCUCAAUUUAGCCCCUUAUUAAAUACUCAGAGUAGUAUUUAAUAUUUAAUAAAAACAAGUUUUAUAUGCAGAGAAAGCUCCAUUGCUGUAGGUACAGAGAAGGGGAUAUAUGCCCUUCAUCUAUCUCAACAUUUAUUGUUAAUUAUGAAGACUGCAUUUUUAAGGCCCACUUCUGGAAUUUCAUUAGUUAGCACUAGAAACAAAAUGCAAGCCUUUAGACUUCCAUGUUACUGGCAGAAAUGGAGAACGGGGCGAAUAGGAUAUUUAGUGAAGUGAAGUGGGGUACAUAAGAAGUUAUUCUUCCACAGUACCCCCUUUUACUGCUAUUAGCAAUAUUUUAGCUCUAGAUUUUUAUCUGCAUUCAAUUCCUUCUGAUUUUCAGAUUUUCUUUCAGUCUUCACCUAAAUACACAAUGUACAAUAUCUGAUAUUGUGAUAAUCUUUUAAGAAUACAUCCAUACAAUAUUUUAUAAGUAUUGCCACAACAUAUAUGCAUUUUUCCCAGCGAGCCCACCCCUAGCAUCUGUGGAGCCUAGGGCAGGACUACAAAUCUCUGUAUGUCUAAAUAUUUAAAAGCUUACAAACUGUUACAUAAAAUAUUUAUAUCCACUUACCUGGACAAAUACACCUUCAUAAAACAGAAUUCAAAAUUAUGUGUCAAACUAUGGUUUUAAUACAGCUGAAAAUUGGCAAAAUAUUAAAGAUAGCUAAUUUUUAUUGUGUACCUCUAGGUAUUGUUGAUUGGCCGCUAAUGCUUGGAUGGGUAAUAAAGACAUACAUAAUCACAUAAUGCAUAAAUUGUUAUUUCUUCUAUAAAUGUUUUUCUUGUCUUCAUUUCAGAAGAAUGACUAAUGAAGAUUUUCACACAAUUGCAUUCUUUUGACAGUAGUGCCAAAUUAGACAAACCUUCCUGAGUCAGUAUACUUUCAGAUAGUUUUUAGUUAUUUCAAUUGGGAGAAACUUGACUCUGCUGAGAGUGGUAACGAAUUAUGAAUAAAUUCUUAAAGCUUUAUAUGUAGAACUGAACCAUGACUGUUGAUAUCAUGUUUAAACACUGUAGAAAGGGCGCAUAUGAAAAAUUAUCAUGAUUGCAGAAAUAUUACACAAUAUUUUCAUUAUAUAAAAGUGUUAUUAUUUCACCAUUAUCAUCGUUUCUUACAUUUAGAUCCAUAUAGGAUUUCUUACGUUUUUCUUUUACGUUGCUGGGGUAUUAUCAAGAAAACUGAAAACUGCGGUAGGUUACUCACGUUGAAUCUCUCUCUACCUUGAUCUACCAUCGCCGGAAAAUAGUCUCUAUAGAAGUUAGUUUCAGAAUCAUUCAUACAUGAAUCUUUUUCUUCAGACUCCAGCAAAUGCUUCUAGUUCCGAUUUUCUUACAUUGUACUUCAAUGUCAUUUUAGUGCUUAUUUCAUAUGCAGUUGCUUUUCGGAAACCAUUUUCUCCUAAAACUUUACGCAAUAUUUUAAAUCCUUCUGGAUUCUUUAAAGCUUUUUCUAAUUUUAAUAACUGGACAGCUCAAAUACAAAAUUAACUCUACUUUCUGCCAAAGACCAUGAUUUGCUCUUUGAAUGCUGCCUAUUAUUUCACUUAACUCUUUUAAUGCAUCUUAAGUGUUAACCGGUCUACAAUAAGUCAAAUUGCUUUAACAGCACUCAUGGGGUUACCAUCAUUGUAUCUGAGGGUAGCCACAGGUCAAAUUCAAAAUGCUUCAAGAUGUUCCAUCUUUAGACACCUCCAGAAACAAAAACAACCCAGUAUGUCAUCUUUGAAAUGAUCCAACGAAUCGAAUGCCCUUGCUCUAAGCACAAUGGAGGUCAUCGAAAUCCAGCUGCUUGCUAAUUGCUUGCUAAUUUCUGGGGCCCCUCUUGCCCAGGUCUAAGAGUGGUUCUGGUUUCCAUUAGUGCUAAAAUGCCUUCUAUAUCCUUACUUCUCAAUUAGCCAAAGGAGCAAGUCUUAGACCCCCAGCCUGCUGCAACUUGGCAACAUUCCUACAAAUGUGGCUUAACAAACCAAGAAUAAAUUCUGGUCUCUCAGGAACAGAGACGAAGCACCCCUCGGCCUAGGGAAAGGUCACAGAGGGCCCGGUAACGCAACAGCAUGUGAAAGGCUGCGGGCUGGUGACACAGGCAGACCUUCUCCCGCGUGGAGCAAAACCCUCAAAUCUUUGGGGGAAGGAGGGCGGCCACCCUGUCGUCCCCAUAGCACAGGUGAAGGCCCGCGGCGGCUGGGGCGAGGGACUCCAGCUGGGAGGAUUGAGGCCCACAGGCAAAGCCAGGCCUGCUUCAGAGUCCGGGCCCCUGACCCCAGGGAAAGGUGCCUCUCACACACCAGAGGCUCCAGGAGUGGGGCGGGCAUUUCGGGUCUAGGGCACGGCCUGUCAGAGGCCACGGGCGGGAACAGAGGGAAGUAGGUGUGGCUGGUGCCUGGAGGCGAGGGGCAGCGGAGAGGCCCGGGAGGCUAAAGGAGAACGUGGUGCAAAUCCGAGGGCCGCCGCAGGCCACGUGGGCUUUGGAGGAGCGAGGACAGGUCCUGAGACCCCGUUGGGCCGACACACCCCCUCCUGCGUACGGGGGUGGACGUCCCGGUGGGGUAGACUGGCAGCCUAGUCCACGGCGCGGGACAGCGGGUGGGAGACUGGAGGCGCCCUCGCGCCCCUCAGCUAUCCGGGGGCCUCGCGACGGCGACCUCGACCCUGUCGAACCCGGUGGAACACUCAGAAGCUAAGCGCCUCGCAGCGGCGAGGACAGCAGGCCAGGCCCGCGCACUCCGGCAGCGCACGGCCAGACGCGACGUCCGUGAGCACGGAGCCCAGCCUCUAGGACUGCGCUGAAGCUCAGAGCCAGAACCCGCCAGGGGGACCGCGGCCACCGGAAAAGCAAGGCGGAAGCGGAAAACCACCGCGAGGUCCCACCCCCCCCCCCCCCCGCUCCGCGCCUGCGCCUGCGACUGCACCGGGGUUGGCCGGGCCGCCGUGGGGCAGGGCCGCGCAGGCGCCUUGGACGCAGACCUACGCGACUUGGGCGGUGAGUGCUGGGAUUACAGGCAUGAGCAACUGCACCGGACCAGACUUUUAAAGUCAUUGGUAACCCAUGCUUCCUGGAGUUGCAUCUGGGGUCACCCAGUGGGGUGCCAUCGCAUUUGAUACGCCUUUAUACACCACACUCAGUUAAGAUGGCGUCCCAUGCAGAGUCCCGUCCUCUGGGAGUGUUUGAGUGUGAACUCUGUACCUUGACAGCUCCGUACAGCUAUGUGGGACAGAAGCCCCCCAACACCCAGUCGAUGGUCCUCCUGGAGGAAAGCUAUGUCAUGAAGGAUCCCUUCACCUCCGACAAGGACAGAUUCCUGGUCCUCGGCUCACGCUGCAGUUUGUGCAGCAGGCUGGUGUGUGUGGGCCCGGAAUGCAGUUUAUUCUACUCUAAGAGAUUCUGCCUCCCUUGUGUCCAGGAGAACAUCAGUGCUUUUCCUCAGGAAAUUCGGCAAGACUUGGAGAAAAGGAAAGUUCCAUCAAAGAGGACCCCCAGCCAGCCCGGUUCUCGGACGUGAGUGCAGCCGGGGCUGGGUCAUCAGGCAGCACCCUGCACAGAGCUCCUGGGCCAGCCUGCGCCAGGGAUGCUGCUGAGCUGGGAGCUGCCAUGCCUGGCCUUGUUUCUGGACCACUGGGAGCAGCACUGCAGCGCAGAAGAGCUGGAGUCCAGCUUGGAGCAGCCACAGGCCCAGGGAGCUGUAGCAAGAGGGUAGCCCAAAGGCAGACGCCAGACAGGACAUAGCCAGGAACCCGGCCAGGUGCCCCCACAUGCCCCUCAGGGCCCAGGCCUGAGUGAGUGCUGCUCAGAUGUGACUGAGAGAGAUGACCUCCUUCAGCUGGGCAGCUCCUAAGAGGCCGCGUGCAGGUGCGUGUGGGGGAGAUGCCACACUGUGUCAGGGCCAUGGUGCACUGUAGGUGGCUGCAGUGGUCUCUCUGUAAGGAAAAUCACUGACAGCAGCUGCCUUCUGGAGCCAGUCUGGAAGGUCUAGAGGGGGAUAGAAUUUUUACUUCAUAUCCUUAAUGUGGUGCUUGGAAAAUGUUUUGAACUUUGACCAUGUAUUAUGUUUAUAAUUAAAAACCCAAAGAACCAGCUCAUGUUUGGAAAAGGAAUCUUCCCCUGAAGCAUUUGGAUACCCAAUGUUCUCCCUGGGCACUUGGCCCGGCAAUGGUUGGAGUCUCCUGGGAAGCUGAGUGCUGGCUUCUAGACGCUCCAGUUCCCUCAGGCUCUGGCUUUGGCUCGGGCCCCUCUGUUCUGUCUCCCUCAGCUCCAAGUCAGGAGUGCCGUGAGCUUCCUGCCCUCACCCCACACCUCAAGACCGUCCCGCUGCCUGCCUGCUUGCCCCCUGCCAUCUCAAACUCAGCCCGGGGUGCCUGCGAAGCCCGGCCCCACUGCCUGCUGGGGGUUCCUGCAGCACCCCCUACUCCAGGCUCCCCAUCUCCCUGAAGCUUCCAGGGUAGCAGCUGGUGGGACACUGAUCUGUGAGGUCUGGAAUGUCUGCUUGGAGUUCUGAGAGGCAGGAACUGCUCUGUCUUUGUAACUACUCAAGGCCAACUAUCACAUAAAGGAAUGAAUAAAGAGUUUUUACUGACGUGUGCACUGA